AUGGGUAUCGACCUCGACAAGCACCACCAGCGUAACACGCACCGCAAGGCGCCCAAGAGCGACAAUGUCUACCUCAAGCUCUUGGUGAAGCUGUACCGCUUCCUCGCGCGCCGAACCGACUCCAACUUCAACAAAGUCGUUCUCCGCCGCCUGUUCAUGUCGCGCAUCAACCGACCCCCGGUCUCCAUCUCGCGCAUCAAGGGUCAGCUCAGCCGCGACCAGGAGGGCAAGACCGUCGUCGUUAUCGGCACCAUCACCGAUGACAACCGUCUGCUCGAGGUGCCCAAGAUGACCAUCGCCGCUCUGCGAUUCACCGCCACCGCCCGUGCCCGCAUCCUCGCUACUGGUGGUGAGUGCCUGACUCUGGACCAGCUGGCUCUGCGUGCCCCUACUGGCAGCAACACCCUGCUGCUCCGUGGCCCCAAGAACGCGCGUGAGGCUGUCAAGCACUUUGGCAUGGGUCCCCACAAGCACAAGAAACCCUACGUCCAGUCCAAGGGCCGCAAGUUCGAGAAGGCUCGUGGUCGCAGACGAUCAAGAGGUUUCAAGGUCUAA